AUACUUAUUGACCUUAUUCUGAUGGAAAUUCCAUACGUAAUUGGCCAAUGGAUGUAAUUCUUGGAGAAGAUUAGUUGAAAGUUUACUAAUGAUAUGGCAAGAAAAAUAUAAUACAGAGAUAUAGACUUGGUGAUUCUGGAAGCAGGCUCUUCUCACAAGAGGACACCCCUGAAACUAUACAAGUUUAUAGUGGAAUUAUUAACAGAAUAUAAGCAUACAUGCUGCCUUUAAGGGAGUUGGCUGUUACUUUGUUUGUAUGGAUUCUCUUCGUCAAUGUAGUUACUUCUGCACCAGGUGGUAACCACACAUGUGAAGAGGUCCUACGUAACCUCAAGAAAAAUCCCCCUCCCCACACCAUUAUCCGCCUUCAAGAGCCGUUGAGGAAAACCUGGAGCGUCAAGUAUAAAUGUGUUAAAGAGGCCAAGAUGGUACAUGGUAGUGAUACAGCUGUGAGAAGGUGUGAAAAUGGGACGAUGAUUGGGGAUGAACCGCAGUGCAAGUUAAUUUCUUGUGGAAAACCGGUUCCAAUCCCUCAUGCUAACUUCAAUGGGCCAAGUUUCACAUAUAAUAGCAUCGUCAGGUAUAGAUGCCAAGAAGGCUACCGAAUGAAAGGAAGAAAUUUCAGAAGAUGUAAAAUCAACGGAAAAUGGACAAAGAAACCUAAAUGCAUGAUACAACGCUGUACAUCGGCAAAAAAUCUUCGAAUUCGGAAUGGAACGAUCACCACAACAGACCCCAACUACCGCCAUGGAGCAACACUUGUAUUCCAGUGCAAUGACGAUUACGAGCUCUCUGGUCAAGAUACCAUAACAUGCAUUGGGAGUAAAUGGAGUUCUUACAGUCUGCCAUACUGCAAACCCAUUAGGUGUCCUUAUCCUGGGAUCCCCGUAAACGGCCGUCGCAUCGGCAGUAGGUUCACAGUUGGUGCAACAGUUCGAUUCCAUUGUCAGUCAGGAUUCAAACUUCUUGGCUCAUCUACUCGAGUCUGCCUUAAAAAUAGAAUGUGGAGUGGAAAUCUGGCUGUGUGCGACGAUGGGCAUUCGCACUGCCCUAAGCUUGGUACCCCUAUCAGCGGCACGAAGAAAGGCAAUCGAUAUGAUAUCGGUUCGUUCGUGAAGUUCUCGUGCAAAGAAGGGUAUGUUCUUGUUGGCUCUUCAGUCAGACAGUGUCAGAAAGAUGGCACGUGGAAUGGAACCGAAGCCAAAUGCAUGAACGACUUUGAGUACAUGGUACGAGACUCCAACAGCACAGCCAAGAUUUUAAGGCAAAAUAUCGACAAAAUGUUAGAAUACACUUGCUCCGGGGUAAAUUCUACUUGCAAUUUGACAGCUGUUGACAUGAGAGCGCGGGCAAUAAAUCCUAACCACGCCGGGGGACUGGACCUCAUUUUUGUCUUUGACGCAUCAAGUAGCAUCAGGAAACCUGACUUUCAACUUGGACUACGCUUUGCCCAAGAACUGGUGAAGCUGUUGGGGAGCACUUGGAAGCCAGGAGGAACGCACGUGGCGGCCCUUACAUACGGCACCAACGCUAGGAUCGAAUUCAACCUGGGAGACGCCUCUGUGAACUCAGCCAAAAAGGCCAUGGAAAGAAUAGGCGAAAUCAAACGAGCGGGCGGUGGAACUGCAAGUAGGCCAGCCUUGGACUUGGUCAGAAAUGCUAUUGUCCCGUUCACUCGCAAAGGUAGCCAAAAAGUGCUAUUUUUCAUAACAGACGGGCACUCGAACAUUGGCGGAAGCCCGCGAAAAGCGGCCAAAUUUUUACGCGAUGAGAAAGAAUUCGAAAUUUACGCUAUUGGUGUUGGAAAGAAAGUAAUGAGAAGAGAAUUAAUGGAAAUCGCAUCUGAACCGGAGGACGAACAUGUGAUUUCUGUGCGGAAAUACAAAGAGUUGCUUCAUGCAGUAAAACAAGUUGUAGAUAUAAAAAUAGACUACUCACCUUGUGGGUUUAGUCCUGUCAAUCUACGUGCCAGAAUCGUUGGCGGGAACAAAGCUGGUCGAGGAAACUGGCCUUGGCAAGUUGGAAUACACAAACUUGACAAUACCAAUAAACUUGUACUGAGGUGCGGAGGAGCCCUGAUCAAACCAGGAUGGGUCCUUACUGCAGCUCAUUGCUUCAUCUCUUUGGAUCCAGUAACCUUUAAAAGAUACAAGGAUGUAGUCCCGGCACAAAUAUAUACGGUUAGAGCAGGCGAUCACCACCUUACAUUCAAAGAACCAACACAACAAGACGUCACGGCCAAAGACAUAUUCAUUCAUCAAAACUACAGAGACGUUCCGUUCAUCGAGAACGACAUCGCGCUUAUACAACUCCGCGAAGACAUAAAACUAGGACCAUCAGUACGCACGGUUUGUCUACCAAGAAAAAACGAGUCGUUGCUUGAACCAGGACAUUUUGGAAUUGUUGCAGGAUGGGGCGCAACUCAGGUUCUUGAGCUCAGAGAAAAUCCAAAAAAGAAAAAGGCAUCUUCAAAAGUACUUAGGCAUUCAGCAUUUACCAUACAAACGAACGAACUUUGUGACAAUAAAACAAAAUUUUAUUUUAACUCGGAAGUGACGUUCUGCGCGGGAGAUGGCAAGGGUGGUAACGAUACGUGUAAAGGAGACAGCGGUGGAAGCUUUGUCAGAGAGGCACUUCGUGAUGGCGUAUACAGAUGGGUAGCUACAGGUGUAGUCUCGUGGGGGGAGGGGUGCGGACUUGUAGGAAAAUACGGCUACUAUACUAGGGUGGAGCGCUUUGUUGAUUGGAUCGAAAAGACAAUUAAAGACAAUGAGUAAUGAUCUAGAGUAGUAAUUCGCAUACAUGUUGAAGGUGAAAGGAUAUAGGAAAUCGAUAAUAGAGAAAAGAAAUAAUGUACGAUUUCCUAUAAAGUACAAAGAAAAUAUUUCCUGUAAAUUAUUUAAUGAAUAUAUAUUUUUUCUUUAGUAAUCAUUGGUCAAACGAGUGAUAGAAAUAAAAUAGAGCGAAAUCAUCAGAAACUACUGUAAACCAUGUACAAAACCCAAAAUGGUGAUAUCAAGUGGCUAUAAUGACGUCACACUCAAUAAGCACUUUUUUAUAGGAACGUUUUUAAGCUUAGACGCGGAAUUAGCUUCAUGAAAUUGAGGCGCAUAAUCAAAAUACAUUGACUUUAUUUCCUAGA